UAGCUAUCUAACGCAUGUGUCUUGGGAGUUAAAAGGAGUUCAUCUCCCGUUCUUCUCUCUCCAAACCAAGGUUCAAAAUGGGCCCAAAAAUUCAAGGCCCAAACACUGAGAAGGAAGAAGAAGCUGAAACAAGCUGGAAACUUUUCGGAAUUCAAAAACAAACGCGGAGAGAGUGAGAGAGAGAGGGGGACUAACAACAACAUCGAGAGCUCGAGCUUGGCAAGCUCAGAGAAGAAGGAAGAAGAAGAAGAAGAAGGAAGAAGAAGAGACGCCAAGUAAUAGGAUUUUACUAAGAAGCCAUGUCGGGAAUUAAAAGUCUGCAAGAUAAGAUUCGGGAAAGAGAAGCUCAGAAGCGUAGACUAGGCCAAAUGUUUCAAAAUAUCCGCAUGAAAGACAAAACGGGAGAAAUUGGUCAGGGGAAACUCGAUGAAGUUGAUAUGGUCGAAGACAUGAGUCUGAGUGAUGAUGAGUUGCUCGCUCCAAUUCCAACAGUUGCGAAACCAGGAGAUAUGAAAGUAGGUUCUUCCUUGAAUAUGGCAAAUCUGCAAAACCCCUCUUCGGUUGCUGAAGCCAAAAGAAAUCUUCCUGAGUCAACAGGUUCUGCAGAUUCACUCGCAUCAUUAAAUCAGCUCAUGCUGUCACAGAAUCUGGCGAUUCAACAACUCGAAGCUGCUGCUUCUUCUUCAGACUUGCAACACUUGAAUUCUCUAAUUGAUGUGGUGGCUCGUAAUCAGGAUUCCAUUUUUGCACUUUCUCAGAAAAUAUCUGGAACUGUUUGCCUCAGCCACGAAACCACUCUUGAGAUUCUAGGCAGGCUCGCCACGGGUAAAACAAUACUUCAGGAUGAUAUCCCCGAGAAGCUCACUAUGAUGGCACAUCUGAUUGCAGGGAUACAACCAUCCGACGACCUCUUCAUCUCAGGGGCUCAACCCGUUCUUCAACAAGUUGAGAAGCUACUUGACACUUUGAUUUACUUACCAGUACCCGCCACUAUUACGAAGCGUCUCCGUGGGCUCAUCGCUUCCUUACGUCCUUGAUUGAUGAAGUGUUCUCUAUAUUUUCACUUCUUCUUAAGGUACUAGACUUUCUGAACAAGCAAGCAUAUGUUUUUACUAAAACUGAUAUAUCGUUAUAGUGUUGUGAUAUGUCCUAUUGUUGAUCCUCUAAAACGAUGAGAUUGUUGAUCAUCCGCAUAUAUAACUGAAACCGACGAGUAAACCUUACGUUAGAGCGUUGUCCCUGAAUAUGUCA